CCACCCAUCCACUCCAGGAGGAAAGCGGAGCCGCGGCCGCGGUGAAACAUAAAGUUUAUUCAGCUCAAAGUGACGCAAAGAUUCUUAAAGAGCUCUUUGGCGGCGGGUAUCUAGAGAUCAGACCAUGUGAGGGGCCAAGAGUACAAAUACUGCCGCUCCGGCGCAAGCCGCGGCAGAGGCAGCGUCCGCACCCCGGUGCCUCGAGGGCGCGCGGGUCGCCGAGUCUCCGAGAGCUCCGGGAACCAGCCCUCCGGUCUCCUUCCCGGCAGAACUCUCCAGCCCAUCUCUAUAAAGCUCUGAGGAAUCCCAGGACCAAGGAUUCAGUUCAGGCCCUUGGCAGAUGGACACCAGUAUCAGCUACUAAUCAUCAGCAGGAUGGAGACCACUCCCUUAAAUUCUCAGAAGGAGCUGUCAGAGUGUAAGGAUGGAGAAGAUUGUCAGGGAAACGGAGCUCUACGGAAAGGUGUCCCUGCCCCAGGGGAUAAAGCGGAACCUGGCCAAAUCUCCAAUGGGUACUCAUCGGUUCCCAGCCCUGGUGCAGGAGAUGACACCCAGCACUCCACCCCAGCAGCCACCACCACCCUAGUGGCCGAAGUUCAUCAGGUGGAACGGGAGACCUGGGGCAAGAAGGUGGAUUUCCUUCUCUCAGUUAUUGGCUAUGCUGUGGACCUGGGCAACGUGUGGCGCUUUCCCUACAUUUGUUACCAGAAUGGAGGAGGGGCGUUCCUCCUCCCCUACACCAUCAUGGCCAUUUUCGGAGGGAUCCCACUCUUCUACCUGGAGCUGGCGCUGGGCCAGUACCACAGAAACGGAUGCAUUUCAAUAUGGCGGAAAAUCUGCCCAAUCUUCAAAGGAAUCGGUUACACCAUCUGUGUCAUUGCCUUCUACAUUGCCUCCUACUACAACACUAUCAUUGCCUGGGCGCUCUACUACCUCAUCUCCUCCUUCACCAACCAGCUGCCCUGGACCAGCUGCCAGAACCCCUGGAACACGGGCAACUGCACCAACUACUUCUCCCAGGACAACAUCACCUGGACCCUCCACUCCACCUCCCCAGCUGAAGAGUUUUACACACGCCACGUCCUGCAGAUACACCGGUCUAAGGGACUCCAGGACCUGGGGGGCAUCAGCUGGCAGCUUGCCCUCUGCAUCAUGCUGAUCUUCACCAUUAUCUACUUCAGCAUCUGGAAAGGCGUCAAAACAUCUGGCAAGGUGGUGUGGGUGACAGCUACAUUCCCCUAUAUCAUCCUCUCUAUCCUGCUGGUGAGGGGAGCCACCCUCCCUGGAGCCUGGAGGGGUGUUCUCUUUUACCUGAAACCCAACUGGCAGAAACUUCUGGAGACAGGGGUGUGGGUGGAUGCCGCGGCUCAGAUCUUCUUCUCUCUUGGUCCUGGCUUUGGGGUUCUACUGGCUUUUGCUAGCUACAACAAAUUCAACAACAACUGUUAUCAAGAUGCCCUGGUGACCAGCGUGGUGAACUGCAUGACGAGCUUCGUUUCGGGAUUUGUCAUCUUCACAGUCCUCGGGUAUAUGGCUGAAAUGAGGAAUGAAGAUGUUUCUGAGGUGGCCAAAGACGCAGGCCCCAGCCUCCUCUUCAUCACAUAUGCAGAAGCCAUAGCCAACAUGCCAGCAUCUACGUUCUUUGCUAUCAUCUUCUUCCUGAUGUUAAUCACGCUGGGCUUGGACAGCACGUUUGCAGGCUUGGAGGGGGUGAUUACGGCUGUGCUGGAUGAGUGUCCCCACAUCUGGGCCAAGCGUCGGGAGUGGUUUGUGCUUGGAGUGGUCAUCACCUGCUUCUUUGGAUCCCUGGUCACCCUGACUUUUGGAGGAGCCUACGUGGUGAAACUGCUGGAGGAAUAUGCCACGGGGCCUGCAGUCCUCACCGUCGUGCUUGUUGAAGCAGUUGCCGUGUCUUGGUUCUAUGGCGUCACUCGGUUCUGCAGUGACGUGAAGGAAAUGCUCGGCUUCAGCCCUGGGUGGUUUUGGAGGAUCUGCUGGAUGGCCAUCAGCCCUCUGUUUCUCCUGUUCAUCAUUUGCAGUUUUUUGAUGAGCCCCCCAGAGUUACGGCUCUUCCAAUAUAAUUACCCCCGCUGGAGUGUCAUCUUGGGUUACUGCAUAGGAACGUCGUCUUUCAUCUGCAUCCCUACAUAUAUAACUUACCGGCUGAUCACCACUCCAGGGACCUUUAAGGAGCGUAUUAUUAAAAGUAUCACUCCAGAAACACCAACAGAAAUUCCCUAUGGGGACAUCUGCUUGGAUGCUGUGUAACAUGCUUCGAGAGGAAAAUGGCUUCCCAACAACCUCUUCCUCCACUUCUGACCUUGUCACACCUGGCCUUCUCCCCUCUAAGUGAACGAGUUUCCAGCUAAGCCUGACAAUGGAAGGGUCUCCUUCACAGAGACACAGUCUCAAAAGGCUAUGGUGCCCAGUCUCUUACGGCCUCCAGCCGCUUCUUUCAGUGAAAUCUCCUGGACAUAUGACCACGUUGGACUCUACCUGCGAUGCAGCUGAACUGGCUCGUUUUGGACAUGUGAGGGUGUGUGUGGGAGGUGAUGACAAGUGUCCUGUCAUCUGUUACGUUAGGAUUAGGGUCAAGUCUGUGAAAGCCUCCUGAAUCAUUUCUUGGUGUGAUCAUCGAUAUCUGACAUCUGUUUCCAAAGGUGUCACUGCUCAUGAAUGCAUAAACCACGUAAGAGAAAACAGGGAUGCUGUCUUGCUAGCCAUCCAGUUUCUGAGUAGCACAGAAUUCUAUAGCUGGAACCUACUAGAACCCUCUAACUCGUGUGUUGCUUUGGAGUCAGGAGUGGAAGAUAUAAGAAGCUAAACGUGUAUGUGUGAGCUUGUGUGCCUUUGUAUACUGCUGUUUCAGUGUAUCUGUAACCCUAUUCCAGUUCUUUGGGCCCAUUACAAAUUAUAUGAAUUUCCUGAGAUUUUUCUUACAUUAACAAAUUCUACCCACUUACAUGUGUAUUGUGUGUUGUUAUUUGAAAGGUACAAUUAUUACAAGAUGUCCUGCCACCUUCUGCUUUUCCAGUGACACUACUUUAGGCCACACACUUUCCUUUAUGGGCCAACCCUUAGCAUUUGCUACACUUCAGUGCCAUCUUCCUAUCCCACUCUGCUAAGCAUUCAAGAAGAUUUUCACAGGCAAAUCUGGCUUAUCUUUAGCCACUGUGGCUUAGCUGUGAACUACUUUGAAGAUGGAUGUCAACACAUGCGCCUUCAGUGUUCAGUUAGCCAUCUGGUUUAAGCUCUACCUACUGCAAAUGACUGAGUGUGACCGUUCAGGUUAUUUUGCCUCGAGAAUAUAAAUCCAGUUUUCACUUACCCCUAGGGUAUAUAGAUCUGGAACCCUGACCAUAAACCAAAAGCAUCCUCAAUGCAAGAGCAAUUGGAGAGUCUGGGUUAGCCUUAAAUGGAUCUUCCUCUCUCCCCACCUCCAGCCACUCACUGCCCAUGACCCUUCCUGUGAUUAUGUUUGUGAGCCUUCCAGAUAAUUUUCAAGACCGAGUCUAAGGGUGAUUGAGUAAGGGCCAGUUAAGUGAAUCACCUUUCACUCCACGGAAAGUUCUUAAUGCAGAUCAAGUAAAUUUAGCCUUUGGUGACUUGUGACUCCCAGAUGCCUAAGUAGAGAAGCAAAUUCUACCUUGUAGUGUGAGGUUUUCUUAUCAAAACCUUAAAGAGGGUAAAGUGCUUUUUUAAAAUGAUUAGCGUUUCACCAAGUCAGGUGUCAGAUGAAUAUAUAGGAACUUUGAAAAGUUUUCAAACUCUACUAGACUGAAAAAAAAAAAAAGCUAAAAUCUGUUUGUUUUGCAUAGUUUGCAUUUAUUUGACCCCUAUUUAUUAAUACUACUAUGAAUUUUUUUUUAAGGAAAACAAGAGUAGGUAGACAGAUUUUUAAACUAUCAUUUAAAGAGCUUUUACAUCUAAUGUGGUAUUUACAUAAAAGUAAAAAAUAAAAAUGGAAUGGUAAAAUUAUUUAAGGACUGAAGUUAAUUUAUUUUCUUGUGAUUUUAUCAGUAAGAAAUACACAAAAGACUUAUUUGUAAACUUUCACUUAAAGCACGAUAAAAAUUAUUAAAAAAAAAUACACAA